GAGACGUUGAAGCGUUUCCUUGAUUGGUCUCUGGAGCCCACGGUCAACACUUCGUCGUAAACUGUCCCAGCAGGAGAGAAAAAAUGGUCUCCGUGAGAGACACAGCGCCCAGACAGUAGCUGAACGCUGAGUGCGCUGAGAUGGAGAAAUCACCCAGUUUCGAGGGAUUUUUUAUUUCGAAGGCGGUGCUGUUGCCGCACUAGCGAUCUCGAAACGUAGCCUACUGGUGUUGCAACUAAACCUCAAUUUACUGACCGGUUGAAAUGGUCGGAGCACGGGAGAGGAGGUAGAGCCUGUUGCUGUCUUCGUUCCGAGUGUGGUGUCGGGAUCCCCUCACGGAAAACACCUACUCAUACGCACGGGCGGAAAAGCUGAAUGUUCAGGCUGCGACUCCGCAAAGCCCGUAGUAACUCAAACAAGGCACUUCUGAAGUACCGACGACCAAAUCCGUCUGGUGACUCGGACGCAAAGCGUGGCGACCCGAUGUUUUUAUGCAUCGAUUGGCUGGUUUUGAUACCCCAGCCUGGGAAAGGCAGUCUCUUGGAUCGCAACUCUUUCGAAAUUGACUGACAACCUUCAAAUUUCUGGAUGCGCGUGUAUUGAUCGCUCCUCUUGUUUCUAAACGUUUUUGCUUGUUUUUUUUCAAGUGCCGUGUUUUGGCGUAUAAACUCACAACAGUUUUGAAGAUGUGCUUUUCACAGAGAAAGUGGCUGGAAGUUUCGUAGGAAAAUAAACUUAUCGUCUGCAUUUUGGAUCAGAAUUAUUAAAUUUUGUUUUGAAUAACACAUUCGCAAAUUAAAGGGAGGGACGAAAAUGGCCAAAGAAUUGAAACCGCGGCUUUGUAUAAUGGCAAAAGGAGAGAGCGGUUACGGGUUUCACUUACACGGAGAGAAAGGCAAGAGUGGACAAUUUAUACGCAAAGUGGAACCCGCAUCGCCCGCCGAAGCCGCUGGUCUACGCGCAGGCGACCGAGUCGUGGAGGUGAACGGCGAGAAUGUGGAAAAAGAGACACACCACCAAGUGGUCCAGCGGAUCAAAACGGUGGAGCGUGAGACACGCCUGCUGGUGGUGGAUCCCGAAACGGACACGUACCUGAAGAGCCUGCGGCUCAUCUGCACAGAGGAGAUGGCCGCCGCCGCCACCACCAAGGCGAGCAAGUCGCCUGUCACCACCCCUGUCACUCCCAGCAGGAAGGAGAAUGGCUCUGUAUCCAAGCAGCCAAUCACGCUGACCAGCGAGGAGCCCAAUGCCAAUAAGAGAUCACCCUCACAGAACGGCAGGAAGGAAAGCCCCGCCUCCAUGACGGAGCUCCGCCCCCGGCUGUGCCACCUCCUGAAGGGGGAGAUGGGCUUUGGGUUCAAUCUGCACAGCGAGAAGGCCCGUCCAGGCCAGUACAUUCGCUCUGUGGACCCGGGAUCACCGGCAGAGGAGGCAGGACUGAAGCCAAAGGACCGGCUCAUUGAGGUGAACGGCUUGAACAUCGAGUCCCUCCGGCACUCGGAGGUGGUGGCGUUCAUCAAGCGCAGCGGAAAGGAGACGCGUCUGCUGGUGGUGGACCCGGACACGGACGAGCACUUCAAGAAGCUGGGUGUCACCCCCACAGAGAGCAACGUUAAAGACAUCAUGGCUCCGCCCAUCACAAACGGCGGCUCCCCACAGCCCCGGACCAACGGCAGGGCAACGCCACAGUCCCCCCUCUCUGACCUGAGCAGCCCAGAUACAAACAUACAGGUCCCGGUGGCAGAGGAGAGGCGUCUGCGGGACCCCCUCGAGGAGACGGGCCUACGCCUCAGCACCACUGCCGCGGAGGCCAAGGAGAAGGCCCACGCCAAGCGCACCAAGAAGAGGGCGCCCCCUAUGGACUGGAGCAAGAAAUACGAGAUUUUCAGCAACUUCUAAAAACUUCCACAACCCCUACCCGCC